CAAAUGGAGCUGCUUCUGGUGAAUAAGCUGAAAUGGAAUCUGGCUGCAAUGACCCCCCACGAUUUCAUUGAACAUUUCCUUACUAAAAUGCCUCUGGCAGAGGACACCAAGCAGAUCAUCCGUAAACAUGCUCAGACUUUUGUGGCUCUGUGCGCUACAGAUAUUAAAUUUAUUUCAAACCCACCUUCCAUGAUCGCAGCUGGCAGUGUGGUAGCAGCUGUGCAAGGCCUGCAUCUGGGGAACACUAACACUUUCCUCUCCUAUCAAUGCCUCACACAUUUCCUAUCACAAGUUAUCAAAUGUGAUCCGGAUUGUUUACGAGCCUGCCAAGAACAGAUUGAAUCCCUCCUUGAAUCCAGUCUACGUCAGGCACAGCAGCACAACGUAUCUUCAGAAACAAAGACUGUAGAGGAUGAAGCAGACCUCUCCUGCACACCUACUGAUGUGCGAGAUGUGAACAUUUAAGAGGACUUCUUCUAAUGGGUUUGCUUGGCAAGAAAAGCAGACAAAGAAAGGGCAUCUGAGAAGGAAUCGGCAUCAGGAUCUCCCCCCCAGAAACCCUUUUCUCCAGGACAUUUUUAUACCAGAAGGGAAAACCAGUCUUGUUAUAUUUUUUUCUUGCUCUGUCUCCCUUCCAUCUGUGACUUCAAACAAACAAAUAAACAAAAAAUACCCCAAAAACUGUCUUAAAAAAAGAAAAAAAUAGUAUUUGCAUUACCCCCAGGGGUUUGUGCUACAAAAAUAGAGGAUUUUAUACAAUAAUAAUCAACUAGUUUUUAUAUUAAAGUGUUCUUGUCUGUAUGUUGUAAAAAUAGGCAUUAACACACAAAAUGUCUCCAGGGGAGGUAUUAGAUUUGAUUUCUUACAUAUAAAACAAACCAACCAACCAUUUUUAAAGUAGAAGAGGGUUUUUUUUUUUAGAUAGUAAAUGAAAUACUCUUUUUUUU